AUACUUUUUAGAGUAAAUCGGGAAACAAAGAAGUCAAGAACCACCUCCGCCGUCUCUCUCUCUCUCUCUCUGUCUCCAUUUGCGCUGCAAACAGAGCAAGAAGGAAAAUGGUUUUUGUGAAGGGUCCAGGGCUGUACUCUGACAUUGGCAAGAGGGCCAGAGAUCUUCUUUACAAGGAUUAUCAGGGUGACCAGAAGUUCACUCUCACUACUUGCACUUCGAAUGGGGUGAUUAUUACUUCAUCUGGGACUAAGAAGGGUGAAUUGUUUUUGGCUGAUGUUAAUACCCAGCUUAAGAACAAGAACAUCACAACUGAUGUAAAGGUGGAUACUAAUUCCAAUGUUCACACAACUAUCACGGUUGAUGAGCCUGCUCCUGGAGUGAAGGCUAUCUUUAGCUUCGUUGCUCCAGACCAGAAGUCUGGCAAGGUGGAACUUCAAUAUUUGCACGAGUAUGCUGGAAUUAGCACUAGCCUGGGACUGACUGCAAAACCAAUUGUCAACUUUUCCGGUGUAGCUGGGAAUCACAAGGCCGCCUUUGGGACUGAUAUUUCAUUUGACACUGCUACUGGGAAUUUUACCAAAUACAAUGCUGGAGUCAGUUUUACCACUACAGACCUAAUUGCAUCUUUGAUCCUGAACGACAAAGGCCAAACCGUUACUGCAUCCUACUUCCACACAAUCAGCCCAUUGACCAAUACUGCGGUUGGAGCAGAGUUAACCCACAGCUUUUCAAGCAAUGAAAAUACUCUCACCAUUGGGACACAACACUCACUUGAUCCUCUGACGUCUGUCAAAGCUCGAGUGAACAACCAUGGGAGGGCAAGUGCUCUCAUACAGCACGAAUGGCGUCCAAAAUCUCUAAUCACCAUUUCAGGCGAAGUGGACACAAGAGCUAUAGAGAAAAGUGCAAAGAUUGGAUUGGCUGUUGCUCUUAAACCAUGAAAUCAGAAAUUACCAAGUAAAUGGUUGGCUGCAACAUUUUCCAGAUACGGAGAAAGCAAUAAAGCAGAUUGUAUUGUUUCUAGCAAUUGCUUGAUUCUAGUAAUGAAGCUCAAGCUUUUUUUAGUUGUGAUGAACCUUGUAAUCAACAUUUUGAUUCACCCGACAUGGUUUUAGCUGCAUUCAAGCUCAAUCUACUCGGCAACUUGCAUUAA